UGCAAUAGAAACAAUUUUAAAUUAAAAAAAUUGCGCAGUUUUUUAUUUUAGUAUACGCAGAAAAUUUCAUAUUAUGCGCAGACUCCUGACAGACAAACUGAUUUGGAAACAUGUAGGGACAAAGCUAUAAAAUUUUCAAGUAAUUUCCGUUUUUCAUUUCCUCCAAGACAAUGUAGCUACUCUAAUAAUAUUUCAUACGUGUCAUCGGUAAUCUGUACGCUUCGUCAAAUCAAUGAACUUUUUCACAUAUAUCGUAACUGUACGCGAUAACAUUUCACCGUCAGCAGUUCAAGAGAAAGGGGAAUCAAACCACGAACAACGAGCCACGAGUACGAUUAAAAUAAACCGUGAAUAAUCGUGAAAAGUGACUAUGAAUGAUCAUUUUUUAAUGGAAUUUCGAUGCCUUUUCGUCCUCGUUGCGAAAAAUUUAUUGGCGCCCCGACGAGGUACCUCGCGCGACGCACGGUACUCAGGCACGGGCCUGAGACGCGAGGACGGCCGCGAUUGGCGCGGUGGGGAGUAAAUCCUCACGUAUGUUGCGACAGGUUUCCGAACGCAGGAACGGACGGCUUCCGCUGACUGGUCGUACCUGUAGACGUGUGCACGCGCGCGUAUAUGUGCAUAUGCGUGUGCUGCCUGCCUGUACUGCCGUUACCUCGCAUCGUCUCUCUGCCCUGUCUGUGUGCUGGCGCGUGUGACAUCGACGACGGGGGCGGAGCGUCCCGUGCCCACCCAGUCCUAACCAACCCGACGACCAGCGUCUGACCGCGUCGACAUUCCGGUCGGCUCAUCUACAGUGCGCGUCUCGGGCACCCGUGUGUGUCUUGUCUCGUUUUCCCCUCGUUGCGCUCGGAGAGCAGUUCGGAGCGCGUGCGUGCGUGCGUGCGUGCAUGCGCACGCGUGAUAUGUGUGUGCGUGCGUGCAUGCGCGCGCACACUGUGCUACACUACUCUAGCAGCAGCAGCAGCAGCAGCAUACGGAUACGAGACGGUUCCCUUGUGCGUCGUGGCGCGGACCGCCACGAACGCUCUCGCUUCUCUCGCUCUCGCAGGGCUGCUACGCUCCGAGCCCAGCAGCAGCACCAGCACCAGCACCAGCAGCGGCAGUGUCGUGUCUCCGCGCGUGUGCGUUCAUGUGCGCGUUUACGUCCUGCGUUGUGCCUGCGAUAGAACGAAGGGGAAAAAACGAAGAGGAGAAGGUCUGCGUCUCGCCUCGUCUCUCUUCUCGUUGCGUCGCGUCGCGUUUCACCAGCCUCGUGAUAGAGGGAGAGCUUUUAUAGGCCGAGAGAGGAUAAUUAAAACCUCGUUUUCUCGUCAUCAUCAUCAUCAUCAUCAUCGUCGUCGUCGUCCGUCGCCGCGAUGCCCUGGGCGUGUUUCAACCGCAUUCAGACAGAAUAGUGGCAUGAGUCGAUUAAUCUAUGGCAGAUCAACAAGAUCAGUUGUCAUCAGGGGGGUCUGUAGAGAAGGCCAGUGCUUCAGCAGACACCUCUAAGCUUAGGGGGAAGGGCUCUAGCGGUGGCACGAGCGGUUACAGAAAACGACAGUGUACUGGUGCAAUCCCGGAUAGCGUGGAAGAGAAGAGGCGUCGACAGACCGCAGUUGGUGACCCGCAGACAUCUCAGGCUGACGUUGGCAUAGCGCACACGCACUCGACCGACUCUUCCAGGGCAGAGGGCAGAAUCAGGAGCGAACGACGAAAUCAUGGAGCUGGCUUAGAAUCUUAUCCAGAUACCGACUGGAGGUCGCAUCAUAAGAUUCACCAAGCCAGCUACAGCAGCAGCAGCGGUAGUGGUGCGAGGGUGCGUAGUGCAGCGAGGACGAAUCUGCCGGAGUUGAAUUUAACACCUACCGAUUGUGUGGCGUCGCGGACCCGUUCCCGUACACCACAGAAUCCUCAGGCGUUGGCACAGGGAAUCAGCAGCUACGAUCUGCCAUCACUGCCCAGUGGAUACGGUAGCCGGAAGACGAGCAGUACCUACGGCGGCGCGGUAGCGUCAUCGAGUGCGACGUCGAUCACUAGUCAUCCAUCCACGUCGAGAGGCAGAGGAGGCCAGAGGAUGAGCGAAUGUCUGGAAGGAUUUGUGUCUGCUGUCAAAGCACUUUUUCCAAUAUCAACACAAACCUACCAUCAAGAAGAUUCAAAAUCACACGGUGGUGCGACCUGUAGCGCAACCAGCAGCAGCAGCAGUACGAGUAGUCAAGUUCUGGGUGUCAAGUCCAGCAUCAGAGUGGGUAACGCAGCAAGUAACUCUGUGGAGAGUGGUGGGGGGGCGUUGGCACAUGACGGGGCAGGCACGAGUGGCAUCGCGUCAACUGCCAAUCCACCUGUGUCUGCCGCCGUUUCUGCCAACCCUGCACACCCUCAUUCUACACACAAGCACUUGCUACGCUCUCGCGCGAAAGCUUCUGGUGAACAACCCAAGGAACUGCCAUCCAGCAACAAAACUUCGGGGAAGCAUCACAAGAAAGAUACUACAACGGGUUCCUGCUCGAGUUCCAGACAUCGCUCCUCAUCGCGCGUGAGGAAGCCGGUGGUGGAAAGUGGCUCUGGCGGACUAGGUAGUGUAAUGUCAGGCAAUGACACCAUCAGCGCUACAUCGGUAUCAUCUUCUAUCCCCAGCAAUCAGUUAGUUUCAACCACAGGUGAGGAGGAGUCGGCAUCAACUGCGACAUCCGCCACAGACCGCCUCAUUCAAAAUGUCGAUUUCCUGCUUGCACGCGAAGCUGGUGGAGGACCAUCUGGAAUGUCAGGAACGACUGGUGAUAGCGAGAGCGACGAUGGGGAAGUUGGACGAUUGCAGGCUCUGUUGGAAGCCAGAGGAUUACCGCCGCACGUGUUCGGCGCGUUAGGACCGCGGAUGCAACACUUACUUAACAGAAGCAUGGGUGCGAGCUCCGCUGCGAAAGCACAACAGCUACUAGCUGGUUUGCAAGCUGUCGAGGAUGAGGGAGAACAAUUGCAGGCUGUCAUGAACAUGGGAGAGAUUCUCGUAAUGGGCAACGAAGAUACUUUGACUGGUUUCCCUGUCAAACAAGUGGUUGCAGCUUUAAUUAAUUUAUUGGGAAUCGAGCAUAAUUUUGCGAUAAUGACUCACGCGUGUCGUGCCCUUACAUAUAUGAUGGAGGCACUGCCACGAUCGUCCACUGUUGUGGUGGACGCGGUGCCAGUAUUCCUGCAAAAACUCGAAUCCAUCGAGUGCAUGGACGUAGCUGAACAAUGUUUGACGGCAUUAGCCAUGUUGUCGCGCAGACACAGCAAAACAAUUUUACAUGCGGGUGGAGUAUCAGCUUGUUUGAAAUUUGUUGAUUUCUUCAACAUCACGGCGCAACGUGCAGCAUUAACAAUUACUGCAAAUUGCUGUCAGAAUCUUCAUCCUGAUGAUUUUCAUCUUGUAGUUGAUAGUCUGCCGUUAUUAACGAGCAGAUUGACAAAUCAAGAUAAGAAGAGUGUCGAGUGUGUAUGUCAAGCAUUCAGUCGAUUAGUUGAUAGUUUUCAACAUGAUCCCGUAAUGCUGCAUAAAAUUAUCAAUGCCGAACUCUUACAGAAUCUGCAACAGCUGCUCAUGAUUACGCCGCCGGUUAACAGCACUAACAAUUUCAUAACUGUAUUACGAAUGCUCUCUGUGAUAUCGAAUCGCUGUCCCGACUUGGCACAGUUGUUGCUGCAACAAAAUAUAGCUUUCACAUUAAGUUAUCUCUUAACCGGAUCUCUGGAAGUCAAAACGGAGGACGUGGAGUUGGUGCCGCGUACGCCACAGGAGUGGUUCGAAAUUACGUGUUUAAUCGAAGAACUUAUGCCUCCGUUGCCAACUGAUGGGAUAUUUAGUGUAAAUAGCUUACUUGAAAGGACCAGCAAUCAACAGGAGACUGUCCAGUGGGAAUGGCGCGACGAAAGACAGUGUUCCCAUCCGUUCAGUACUAUAGAUUCUAGAAUUAUUGAGAUGGCGUUUCAAAAUGGCGAAGAUGAGAUAUGCCUUACCUCUUUAGGACGAACUUACACUAUAGAUCUGACUGUGAUGAAACAAAUUAACGAGGAUAUAGGAAUGGCAAGAAGUAUAUUUCGGAGAGUAAACGCCAAUCCCACUGAGGGGAAGAGUCCAACUUGCUCAUCUAGUAUGGAUGUUGUGCCUCCAGUAAUCGAAACGAACGAAUGGCUAGUGUCUUUUAUUCGAACUUUAUUCUCUGUACUAUAUGAGGUUUAUAGCAGCUCAGCCGGGCCCGCCGUAAAAUGCAAAUGCCUCCGAGCUCUCCUACGUAUGGUAUAUUAUGCUUCAACUGAUUUACUUAAGGAUGUUCUAAAAAAUCAAGUGGUUUCGUCGCACAUAGCUGGUAUGUUAGCGUCACAGGAUUUGCGUAUAGUUAUCGGGGCUCUUCAAAUGGCGAGUAUCCUGAUGAAAAGAUUGCCGCAAGUGUUUGGGGUUCAUUUUCAUCGCGAGGGUGUGCUGCAUCAAGUCCGUCAAUUAGCAGAUCCCGAAGUACCUCUCGGUGUUUCACCACCUAAGUGCCCUUCUGGUACAUCAUUACCAAGCCCACAGCCAGGUCCGUCUAAUACACCACUUUCUUCCACCACAAUGUUGUCUUCUAAUAGUGCCACGUCUCCGGUUGUCUCUCCAUCCUCGAAUGGCAACGGCAUAUUGUUCGGCACAAUCGCGUCGUCAUGCCAGUAUAAACCAAAUAUCAGUGCUUCGCUGGAACCACACAGAACGGAGUUAAACAACAGUAUAGAGGAAAGCACACCGCAAAGUGCUCACUUGAGAAUCGGUGACGUGUUGAAGAAGAAGCGGCAGAAUAAGAAGGGUCGUUUCUCGAGACUGGGAAGUGCCACCACACCGCAACAAACGCAACAACCGGAGUCAAUGUUCACCGGUUUUACCCCGAAGAACAAUCGAUUUUUGGGGAAUCUUAAUCCAGCCAAAUGGGGUCGGAAAUCGUCCUCGUCUAGCACUAGCAGCGACAAGAGGGACUCGAGCUCGUCCACGAAUCUAUCGAAACCGCCGAGCAAUCCAAGCUUGACUGGCGGAAAUCGAGAUAAGGCAAAAGCGUGGGUACGCGAACAAGCUGCUCAAUUUCUGACAAGAUAUCAAGAUGAUGCACCCUGCUCGCAUCCCGCUCUAACGGUUCUCGCUCGGCUGACUGCUGCCAUACAGCGAUUGCAAUCAAAUGAAUUAGAUGAAAUGUUGUCAGCAUUAACAGAAUUACGGGAUAUAGUUCUCGAGAGUGACAUAUCGCCGUUUGAAAUGAAUUACAGUGGCCUUAUCAAGGCCCUGUUGAACUACCUCACUACUACAGAUGCACCGGGCAAUCGCUACGACCGUCUUCGUAUGUUUUGGAAAUUAUUUGCGGAGUCUACCAUGCAACAAAAUAAUGAUAUCAUGGAUCUUAAUCCCGGGGCGUUUGGUGCUUUAGUAACGAAACUGAACAGUUGCGUUGCACAGCUAGAACAAUUUCCAGUGAAGGUUCAUGAUUUACCUGCCGGUUCUGGCGCAGGUCGUGGCGGCACCAGUGCUCUCAAGUUCUUUAACACACAUCAACUUAAGUGUAAUCUUCAACGGCAUCCAGACUGUAACAAUCUAAAACAAUGGAAGGGCGGUACUGUAAAGAUAGAUCCACUUGCAUUGGUACAGGCGAUUGAACGUUAUUUGAUGGUACGUGGAUACGGCAGAAUACGGGACGCUGAUUCGAUGGUCAGCGAUGAUGACAAUAGCGAGGAUGACAUUGAUGAUACUUUGGCGGCAGUCGUGAUAAGUCAAGGACCACCGAAACACAAACUUCAAUUUUUAAUCGGCGACGUGGUCCUACCUUUCAAUAUGACAGUCUAUCAGGCCGUUAGGCAAUUUGGGUGUUCCGGAGUGGAUCACUCCGAGGCAGAGGCCGACAGUGAACCGCCGUUAGGACACGAUGCGGUGUGGGUGCAAACCCACACGAUAUACUACCGACCUGUACCGGAAGAGGACGCCGCGACCUCUCCAAAGUUAGGGUCGAGUUCACAGGGUAAUAGCAGGAAGGGCAAGGGAAAAAGUACAAAGAUUAGUUCGAAGAGGAAAGAGGAUAGUCUCUGGUUGGAAGGCACGGUUCCACCUCAGCACUGUCCUCUCACGCCAUAUCUGUCUCCCACGUUACCACCUUCGGUGACCAUCGCGGACGCCUCCCUCGAUGGAUUGUGUCUGCUGCGGCUCUUACAUGCUCUCAAUCGCCAUUGGGGCAUACUGUUCCCUCAUCUGAAAAGCAUGAGUCUACUGUCACCUCAGGAUUUCAUCAACAACAAGAUCGCUGCGAAAGCCAGCAGGCAGCUACAAGAUCCGCUGGUGAUCAUGACCGGAAACUUACCAUCCUGGUUACAACAGAUAGCGUCUGUCUGUCCUUUUCUCUUUCCGUUCGAGACGAGGCAGCUCUUGUUGUAUGCGACGUCAUUCGAUCGUGAUAGAGCGUUGCAGCGCCUCUUGGAUUCCGCACCGGAACUGUCAGGAUCAGAUAGUCAAGAGCGAGUCACGCCACGCUUAGAACGAAGGAAGAGAACUAUCUCAAGAACAGAUAUUCUUAAGCAAGCGGAACAAGUGAUUCAAGACUUAGCCUCUAACAAGGCCUUACUCGAAGUGCAAUAUGUUAACGAGGUCGGUACCGGCCUCGGUCCAACUCUGGAAUUCUACGCUCUAGUCUCCAAGGAACUGCAACGUACUGACUUAGACUUAUGGCACGGCAGUUCAAAUCCUACUGAGAAUGGAUACGUUAAUUCCUCACAUGGACUCUUCCCGACGCCAAUCCCAUGGAACACUAAAGUUUCCCAUUUAGCAAAAUUGAAGACCAAGUUUAAAUUCCUCGGGAAAUUCAUGGCGAAAGCGAUAUAUGACUCCAGAAUGUUGGAUUUGCCAUUUAGUCCAACUUUUUACCGCUGGUUACUGGGAGAGGAGCAUACUCUCACGUUAGCAGACUUAGCGUAUGUGUGUCCCGACGUAUAUCGCACUCUCAACAAACUCCAAGAGGUCGUGAGGAAGAAGGAAGUCAUGGAGAAGGAUCAGACGCUACGACCGCAUGAGAAAGCGCAGCUGAUAGAGGCUCUUGAUUUAGACUCAUGUCCGAUUUCUGAACUAGGUCUUGUAUUUGAGUUGCCGGGCUACGAAAAUAUCGAAUUGCGGAAAGGCGGUAGCGAAAUAUCCGUUACUAUUCAUAAUUUGGAUCAAUAUAUUAAGCUGGUGAUUCAUUGGUUCUUAUACGAAGGCGUGUUCAGACAAAUGGAAGCUUUCCGAGAAGGUUUCGAAUCGGUAUUCCCUCCGUCGCAACUGAGACUAUUUUUCCCGGAGGAGCUGGAGGCGGUGUUCUGCGGCCACGCGCAAACCGGGGGAUUGUGGGACGUGAAAACACUUGCCGAGUGCUGUAGAACCGAUCACGGUUACACGCCGGACUCACGGGCCAUUCGUUUUCUGUUCGAGGUCAUGUCAAAGUACAACAGCGAGGAGCAGCGACAGUUCAUUCAGUUCGUCACCGGUUCACCGCGCUUGCCUGUUGGAGGUUUCAAAAGUUUAACGCCUCCGUUAACAAUAGUGCGCAAAACCUUCGAUCCGUCUAUGAAGACAGAUGAUUUUCUACCAUCAGUAAUGACUUGUGUUAACUACCUAAAACUGCCUGAUUAUACCACUUUGGAAAUAAUGCGGGAAAAGUUACGGAUAGCCGCGCAAGAGGGUCAACACUCGUUUCAUCUCUCCUAGAAACGGAUGGAAGAUCAGCGCUUUAUUUUCUUCUUUACUUUUACAUUAUUCAAGCCGCAUAUUCGAACUUCGUUUAAGGUCCACGUAAAAUUUUACGUACGUUGCCAGUGAGUAAAUCCAAUGUGACAAUGGUUUUACUAUUUUGUGUGAUUUCUUUUGAGGACACUUUAUUUUUUGGGGAAAAAAAAUCGUCCGAGCAAUACUUCUUUAUUUUGGUGUUUAUAUCUUUGCGAUUUGGAUUGUGAUAUACUUUGAUCAGGAAGAAAAGUGCAAAACUGCAUAAUUAAUCGAACCGCGCGUGUUUACGCUGUCGCGAACAACUGCGAACCGAAUGGCUUGCAAGCGACCUCGUUUUUUAGAGAAAAGAAACUUAUCUUCAGUGUGUUACAAUAAAAAAAAGAAAAAGAUUGUAAAUAUAGUUUAAUAUACGCAAGUCGAUAUAAAUACUUUAUAUUAUAGUAACGAGAAAAAUGAUAUUGCUAUAAGAAAACAGAAUACUAACUGAAUAUAAUAUAAUCCGAGAGAGAAAGAGAGGAAGACGUUUACUAGACAUAAGUAAAUUUUAUAUCAGUGAUGCGUUAAAAAGCAUCGCCAUACAUCGCGCCAAUCCCCCCCACCCUCCUCGUGUUCCGCGAUCGCGGAAGAAAUUAAAAUUUACGAGCUAAAAUCAGCAGGAAGACGCGCACGCCCGCGACUAAGGUGCACGGGCGCGUCUCUCGUUGUCGGAAACAACGCUAUUUCCAAACAUACACAAUACACACACAAUAUCGUAUCUCUCGCUGCUAUUUUCUAUUUUGUAAUCGAUCUCUUCGUGUUCGCGUCGCUUUUAAGUUCCAACCGAGAAUGCAAUGCGCGAGAACGUAGCGUAACGCUCUUACAUUUAAGUUUCAAUCAAUGUGUAAACGUUCAUCGAUGUUAAUUGAUAUUUUUAUUCUAAGUAAAUUGAUCCCCCCCCUCCCUCGAUCGUUACUUUAUUUAAUAAGAGUGCAACCGGAAUCGCUACGAAUCGUCGCGACACAUUCGCGUGAAUCGAAGGGAAAUGCCGAUAUUCAUUUACUUACAAGCAAGUCGUAUUUAGAGGCAAAAAAAGAAAAAAAAUUGUAAGAGAACUGUAUGAUACGAUGAAAUAGAAUGGAUAUAAAGUGAAGCUGGUGUAUAUCAAAUGGAUAAUAAAUACAAGGUGCAUUAUGUCGCCGCGCACA